UUGUUCUCAAUUGGAUUUCUCAUUUUAAAAGUAAAGAAAACAAGGACGAGCGGCUGUUAAACAAUUUGUCAAAAUGAAGCUGAACAUCGAGGGUCUGUUGGUGUAUUUUCCCUAUGAUUACAUCUAUCCUGAGCAGUACUCCUACAUGCUGGAGCUGAAGAGGACUUUAGACGCCAAGGGUCAUGGAGUUCUGGAGAUGCCGUCAGGAACCGGGAAGACCAUCUCGCUGCUGUCCCUCAUCGUCGCCUACCAGAGGGCCUUUCCUUUGGAUGUGACCAAGUUGAUUUACUGCUCCAGAACGGUUCCUGAGAUCGAGAAGGUUGUGGAGGAGCUCAGGAAGCUGAUGGAGUUUUACGCCAAAGAAACCGGAGAGGUGAACAACUUCCUGGCUCUGGCUCUUUCCUCCAGGAAGAAUCUCUGCAUCCACCCUGAGGUGAGCGCUCUGCGUUUUGGCAAGGAGGUUGACGGGAAGUGUCACAGCCUGACGGCUUCGUACAUCCGUGCGCAACGUCACAGUAACCCCAACCAGCCGGUCUGCCGCUUCUACGAGGAGUUUGACUCGGUGGGACGUCAGGUCCCGCUUCCUGCCGGCAUCUACAACCUGGACGACCUGAAGGACUUUGGCCGGAGGAAAGGCUGGUGUCCGUAUUAUCUGGCCCGUUACUCGAUUCUGCACGCCAACAUCGUCGUGUACAGCUACCACUACCUGCUGGACCCAAAGAUCGCUGACCUGGUGUCGAAAGAACUCGCCAAGAAAUCCGUGGUGGUGUUUGACGAGGCUCAUAAUAUCGAUAACGUUUGCAUCGACUCCAUGAGCGUGAACAUAACGAGGCGAACGCUGGACCGCUGCCAGACCAACGUGGAAACGCUCCAGAACACCAUCCACAAGAUUAAGGAGACGGAUGCUGCUAAACUGAGGGAGGAGUACCGGCGGCUGGUGGAGGGGCUGAAGGAGGCCAACGUUGCCAGGGAGACGGACGUCUACCUGUCCAACCCAGUGUUGCCUGACGAAGUCCUGCAGGAGGCGGUUCCUGGUUCGAUCCGAACGGCUGAGCACUUCGUCGGGUUCCUCAGGCGGUUCCUGGAGUAUCUGAAGUCCCGUCUGCGGGUCCAGCACGUGGUGCAGGAGAGCGCCCCGCAGUUUCUCAAAGACAUCUUUGACAAAGUCUGCAUCGACCGCAAACCCCUCAGGUUCUGUGCAGAGAGGCUGCAGUCUUUGCUGAGGACUCUGGAGAUCGCAGACAUCGCAGACUUCUCGGCCGUCACGCUCAUCUCCAACUUCGCCACUCUCGUCAGCACCUACAGCCAAGGUUUUACCAUCAUCAUCGAGCCUUUUGAAGACAGGACUCCGACCAUAGCCAACCCCGUGCUGCACUUCAGCUGCAUGGACCCCUCCAUCGCCAUCAAACCUGUUUUUCAGAGGUUUCAGUCGGUCGUCAUCACCUCCGGGACCCUGUCUCCGUUGGACAUCUAUCCCCGAAUCCUGGACUUCCGUCCCGUCACCAUGGCGUCCUUCACCAUGACGCUGGCUCGGACCUGCCUCUGUCCUCUGAUCGUCGGUCGGGGGAACGAUCAGGUUGCUCUGAGCUCCAAGUUUGAAACCAGAGAGGAUUUUGCUGUGAUUCGCAACUAUGGCAACCUCCUCCUGGAGAUGUCGGCCAUCGUUCCCGAUGGGAUCGUUGCAUUUUUCACCAGCUACGUCUACAUGGAGAACAUCGUGGCGUCUUGGUAUGAACAGGGAAUCCUGGAGAACAUUCAGAGGAACAAACUGAUCUUCAUCGAGACUCAGGAUGCUGCAGAGACGAGCAUGGCUCUGGAGAAGUACCAGGAGGCCUGUGAGAACGGCCGAGGAGCCAUCCUCCUGUCUGUGGCGCGAGGGAAAGUGUCUGAGGGGAUCGAUUUCGUGCAUCAUUUUGGUCGAGCAGUCAUCAUGUUCGGAGUCCCGUAUGUUUACACGCAGAGCCGCAUCCUGAAGGCUCGUCUGGAGUAUCUGCGGGAUCAGUUUCAGAUCAGGGAGAACGACUUCCUGACGUUUGACGCCAUGCGUCACGCCGCUCAGUGCGUGGGCCGAGCCAUCCGAGGGAAAACCGACUACGGCCUGAUGAUUUUUGCCGACAAGCGAUACGUCCGAGCGGACAAACGGGGGAAGCUUCCUCGCUGGAUUCAGGAGCACAUCAGCGACGGCAGUCUGAACCUCACCGUGGACGAGGCGGUCCAGCUGUCCAAGCACUUCCUGCGUCAGAUGGCUCAGCCGUUCAGACAGGAGGACCAGCUGGGUCUGUCUCUGCUGACCCUGCAGCAGCUGGAGUCGGAGGAGAUGCUGCAGAAGAUCACGCAGAUCGCUCAUCAGACCUGAAGGCGGCGCUCAGCUCCAUAAAACAUCUGAAUCUACCGGAGUCCCUGCGUCAUCAACAAAAACCCGGCUUCAGACGAUGUUUUACUCCGUGCGUCAAAAAACUGAAACUCGUUUCGGUAAAGCUGCAGUUUCAAGCUGCUCGACGCGUCCUGCACGGAUCCAUUCUUUAAAGCCGGUUUCAACCGUUUGUAAAGCAGUUUCUGCGUUCCUCUUUACAAACCGUCUAAAUUAUUU